AUGGCGUUUUCGACCGCGUUCUUCGAUUCAUACAUGUUGCGCCGCACUUUGUUUUUGGGAUUGCAAACUUUCACUACACUCUGCGGUGGGUCUGUCAUUAUCUUUUCGGCAUCCAAAGUCCGAGAUACGAGCGGGGGCACUCAACUCAAACAGCGACAGAAUACAUCAUGGGGAGAUCUUUAUAUCGAGAAAAGCAAGGCACGGACAAAUUUACCCGUAAGCAUUGAUGACUUUUCGAAAGUCGCACGGGUUUUCCCUAUGCUCCAUGGCUCCCCGGAGAUGAUGAAGAAAGCUCCGCGCCGUCCAGAAGCACAGAUUCGGUCUUCCCGCUGUGGACAUGCUGGCAGUGUCGUCAGCUUUAUGGUCCGAACUCCUUUCUUCAUUGAUGCUGUGGCAAUCGACGUUGGGAAGAAGUUCUUGCUAUCGAAAGUGGGUAAGUCCAAAACCGUUGCUUUUAGUAUUCAAGACAGGGGAACUGAAGGCGAGGAGAAGAGAGCGUGGAAGGAUGCCACACAUGAAAAGCAUCGUGGGAUUUAUGAUAUAGGACUGGGAAAGGUUAUAGCCACAUACGGGUUCGAUUUUGCUCUGCGGCGUCUGCCCAUCAUUAAGGUACCAGCACGUGGGAAACGGUCUGGUUUCUAUAGUGCAGGGCUAAAUUCAAAUAUCAUUCAUAUGCUAGGCUAUUGGCUUUCGAGUGAAGUGGAUGGACAAGCAAACGGCACCCAUUUCAAAAAGCAAAAGAAGAAGCACUGCGCUAUCCGGGAGUCGAACCCGGGCCAAUUGCUUGUAAGGCAAUUAUCAUACCGUUAG